ACCCUUCGGGGAAAUUGUCUGCGUUGUAUUGGCGCUUCCACCUGUCACUUGUCAGCGACAUCUGACUCAUGCAAUGACAACCUGACGUGCACAACAACAAAACUCGCCUUAUCAAAAAUGUUAUCAGUUUGACAGGUGUAUGUAUUGAAUAACAGGUAUAGAAAUAUUAAUUGUCUCAUAAAUGAAUGUUUAUUGAUUCCAGCUGUUAUUUAAGCAGCGUAAGCUGUGGCGAAUUGAGUCCUUGAAGAAAGAAAAUCCUGCAGUGAUUACAAAACAAUCAUUGGUAUUGUUAAGGUAAUUACUUUAAUUGUGCAAUUUUCAUUUUCUAAUGCGGAUGAAGUCAUGACAUUGUCAUAUUGGUGGAUGCACUGGUUUUGGAUCACCUUUCGAAUAUACUUUGGUGUAUCUGAGGAAAUUACUCUUUCACAUUCCAUCAUACCAGUUACUGCUUCGCCCGAGUUAGACCACCGCCCUGCCAAAGCACUCGGAGUCUCUGUUUCGAAUCCGCCCAUCCACGAUAGUCCUUCCAAUACGACAGCUUCAGUGGCAAAACAGAAGCCUUCCUCGAAAAAGUUCGAAGUGUAUUCCAAUAUGAUGAAGCAAAACGCAACUGAAAAAUCGUACUCCCCUAGCAAAGAAGUGACUGUGAUAAAUCAGAAUACAACUGAUGUCAGUAAUAUUACUGAUAACCAAAUAAUGCUUAAUUCGAACUUUAGCGCAAUAAAUCAUACUGAUAGUUUCAAUUAUGUUAACGAAACUAAUUUUAACCAAAGUCUUCUGUUAAGUUCGGAGAAGAAUGUAGAGAAAGAUGAGGAACUGUCUGGUAACUUGUCUGCAGCGGGGAUAACGGGAAUAACCCUGGGGUCUGUAAUUAUCGUGGGGGUUAUUUGUGGAGUCAGUUAUCUCCUGUACCGCAACAGGGGCUUCAACCGACCCCAAGUACUUAACGAUCGCUGCAGCAACCCCGAUUCAAGCGGAUACAUCGAUGAUGCUUCAGAUAAUUCAGAGGAAAUGUACAGUUUAGACAAUGAUUCGUUCCUCAAUAGUUUAGAAGCCAUGACCAUUCAGAAUUAUUGGACAGAUACUGUCAAACAUACAAAGUUGUAACAACUUGUUUUAAGUAUGUACAUAAAUGACUUAAGUAUUUUAGAAUCUGUGAUGCAUAUCAAUAGGCUCUCGAUUUAUCUUAGUUUCAUAUAUUUUGUAAAAAUCUUAAAAUUCAGUUGUGAUUUUUUUUAUGUUUUGUUAUCUUUUUUAUUAUUUAUGCUAUUUUGAAAAAGUACAAAUGCCGGUUUUGUGUGUGUCGAUAUGUUAUAAAUUUCAUGUUUGUUGUUUAUAUAGUUUGUCUGCGUAAUGAAUUCUCACAUGUUAACUUUAAGGUGUAGUAUAAAU